UGGGGUUCCGUUGACAGUCAGUCGGUAGUGCGGUAUUCGGAGUUAGCGCGGAUGAGUUCUCGCAGCCGUCGGGAAUGCGAUAUCACGGGCACCGGUGACCCAGUGGCGCGAUUAUGCCUUUACGCUAUCAUGGGAUAUUUGUUGUCUUAUGCGUCGGUGUUACGGUGGCUAAAGCAUCGUUUCCGUCGAAUGCGGGGGGCGGCGUCCGGUGCACGCUGAAUAAUGUUGGCUUGAUGCUUUUCUUGCCGGAAAUAACGCAUCAAUGGUCGCUCUUAGGGCUAAAUCUCUGGCCGAAUCGCGCGGCAAGUAAAUCUGUGUCGAACGAGCUGCUUGAACAGGACGCGACUCGAUUUUCCAGGGUGUUAAACUUCUUUCCCGUUCCGGUGGAGGAGGAGUGCAUGUCCGAGGACAAACGACGCCAAGGAACAUGUAUGAACACAUAUGAGUGUCGCAUCAAGCGUGGAGUAUCUCAUGGGCCGUGUGCACUAGGAUUCGGCGUGUGCUGCAUAUUUACGGCAAGCUGCGACAACGAGGUACAGAAUAAUCUGACCUACGUGACCAGUCCUGGUUUUCCCAACCUCAUCGACCGGUCUAUGAACUGCACGGUGGUCGUACAGAAGAUCGAUACGGAGGUCAGUCAGUUGAGGAUCGACUUUAUCCAUUUUAACAUUGGUCAACCGAAUGCAAUGACUGGUGUAUGUGACGGGGAUGUUAUGGUGAUUAAUAAUAGCAGGACAUCUUUCGAACUGUGCGGAUGGAAUAGUGGACAACAUGUGUAUGUGGACGCGAGCGAAGGCAACAAACCAAUCACUUUAAACUUCCGGCUGCCAAGCGGCCUGCAAUCACGAAUGUGGGAGAUGCGCGUGGUGCAAUUGGGUUUUGAGCAACGGGCGCCAGUCGGGUGUCUUCAAUAUUUUCGCUCGCCGAAUGGCACGUUGAGGACGUUCAAUUAUCUGCCGAACGGCCGAUAUCUCGCCGGACACGAUUACUUAUUGUGCGUGCGUCAGGAGAGAGACAUGUGCGGUAUUGCUUAUCAGCCGUGCACGCCAGACUCUUUUAGGAUAGGACCUGACCAGUCCAACACGACGAACGUCCUUGCGGCUCCCGCUACGGCGAGCAAUGGAAACGCCUCCGCCUCCGCUAUCGUCGAUCUCAACAACGUCGCGAAUAAUUCCGUUGCGGAUGUCGUCGAAGGCUCGGGUGCGGGAUCGCCCGAGCAACAGGAGAUGGUCCUUACCACCGGCACGAAUUUGGCAUCUCCGAUCGGGAGACGGUGCAAGGAUAGAAUACUUAUCCCCUGUGAUUUCGAGGAAUUUAUCACGCCGGGAAACAAUGUAGCGGGUAUCUGCAAUCUGGAACGUUGCGGCAAUUCGCUGUGCAGACGAGAUGAACUCGACGCGGAGAGUAACUGUCGGGUAGAGACCUGGACUACACCCUUCCGGAUAAGGGUGGCUUUCGGUAGCAACGCGGACGGCGCAUUGGUGGACAAUGCCGGCAUGUGUCUUACCUAUCAGCAGUUAGCUUGCGUAGCUUAAGAGAUCGCUUUAUAAUUAAUUUCCACUCUCUCACACACAAUUUGUAUAAGCGUGUGCGCGAAGGCAAUAUCGCUCUCGAAUGAGAGAGAGAGACAAUAUUGACUUUGUACUGCUCAUAAAUUGUUUUCAUCGUUUUGCGCGCGAUAUUAUUUCUACGACAUAAAUAUCGGAAAGAGAUCUUGGAUCGUAAUAAAGGAGAUUUCAUCUUCUCAUCCAUUUGGUUUAUAUAAGUCUCAAUGGACAUAGGAGGGAGACUGAGGGAGGUAAUUAUGUAUAUAGAAUCAAUACACCAUACAAGAAAUCAAAGAGUCAAAUAGUUUUUAUUUACAAAUGAACUAGCUUAAAUCGCGUAAACGCAGCGCACAACUCUCGAUAUAGUGUGAUAGAUAUAUAAUUAUAUUUAAUUCGCCUUUUGUGUCCCGCUUCUUUUUUUUCUGGUUCGAUUACACUACGAUCAUCAUCGGCCGCGAUACGCAACGUUUAUGUGUGUGUGUGUGUGUGUGUUAGUCACGAGACAUUGAAUCUAUCCGUCCAAACUAUUCGAACGUGAGAUUUAGCUCAUCUGUAACAUAUAAUAUGUAAGGGGUGGCUGCGUUUCUUCGCCGCGGAAAGUGCCGACGAUGAUCGCCGCAACCGUUAGCGAUAACGAUAUAUAAUGACGUUACAAGAAUAAAUUAUAAUGUCGUCAAUAUACGAUAAUAUCGACGAUGGCAACAUCACUUCGAAUCGCUCUCCCAGAAGAAACACGCUCAACCGUCAUCCUCGCCUCGGAAGAAGGCCGAGAUCGCGUUGCAGCCUUGCCUCUUGCAUGAAGCUACUUCACAUUAUGUAUAUCUAUAAGUGUCGCGUGUAUAAUAAUAACGAUAAUGAUAGUAAUAAUAAAAUUAGCAUAUAAUAACAUAACGGAGACAUAACUUUCGACGACGGUGAAUCUAAACUGUUCAUUCGUCGACGAGACACGUCGCUUUCGUACAAUUCGAAAUCAUAUCGCUUUAUCUACCUAUCGAAAGUCAAAAAGAUUGUUGAGUAGCGUUAAAGAGAGGGCGGUGAAACGCGAAGGUGAAUCCCGUAUACAGUGAUUGCGCAUGUACUUUAUGGUCAUUUGGUGCGAAAGGGUGGGAGGAGGGAAAGGGAAGGGAUGAGGAGGGAGCAUAUGUUUUUUUUUCUUUUUUUUCUUUUUAAUCUGCUCUAAUACUCUACCGAUACAACUGUGGACGUUCGCGGGGCGUUUAAUCCGCGAGAGAAGUAUCGAGGCCGUAUAUAUUGGAUAUAAAUCCCAUAUGUGUAAAAAUUAUUUUGAAUAUAAUACAUAUAUAUUUAUAUAAUUACGCGAAGAACGAUUUAUUUAUUUAUUUAUUUAUUUCUUAAUAGGGGAAACAUGUUGAUUAUUUCUGUUACGGCCGUUACGUUGUGCCGUCGUCUGUGAAUCUCGAGGACGAGAGAAUUGAAAAAAGGAACCGUCGAAGAGAUCGUACAUCUUCGUUUCGAUUAAGCACCCCGCCGCGUCCGAUUGAGCUACGUGUUCCCGAAAAAAAAUCUGUCGGACGUUCGUCGUUGUAUUUACAUCGUCGAGCGAUACAACGGAGUACUGUACAAUUCGUGAUGAUCGAUGAUGAGUGCAGACGAUGCGGGAGAUUCAAGUAUAAACGAAUAUUAUAUCCAGGAAUGUAGCCACCAGAGAAACUCUGCGACACGAAAGAUUCGAGAUCCGAGGCAAGUCUCUGUAUGAGAAUUCGAAUGUUUAGCGAUAUCUCUCUCUCCGCACGUACAUGAGUUUUCUGCGUAUUCAAAAUAUUUGUUCACGCAACAAAAAGUUUCUAGAUUUUUUUCUGGAUAGAAAAAUUAUCGAAUAUAAAUCUCCGAGCAUUUGUCGAUAUGUUUUAAUUAUUUCGGAUUAACGCUCGCCAUCCAAACUGCAUAGAGAGAGAAUUCGGCUCGCACAUUUUGCACCUGCAUCAUCUGCGCACAUCUUGUUAAUAUUAAUUAUUAAUUAAAUUCUACGUAUUAUAUAGAAAACUUGGUAUUAGAAAAUCACUGGACUCUUUUUCCAUCUUUGAUCUGGAUAGUGGACGACAGCAGAACCAACGGAAAACGCUUCGGAAAGGCGACGAGAGCCACAGUCGAUUAGGAUCGCCAGAUUCUUCGGGUCCUUUAAAUCGAUUUUCAAACAUUUGCGGGAGAUCUCGCGCAUCUUUUAAAUCAAAUUUAAACCGGCAUGGAAAUGUACGAUAUUAACAGCAAUAACAAAACGUAUAUUCGAAAUAAAGUUGACGUUUUUGUGACAAAGCAAAUAAGUGCGAUCGAUAUUUAUUAUGUUUUUUUGGUUAAAAAAAAUAUGUUAGUUAAAAUUUUUGUUUUAAAUAUUUAACAUAAUUUGGCAAUCCCCAGGAGUCUGGUCAAUGUAAAGCAAAAGGAGUGAACGCGUACAAAUUAUGCUAAUAAUCUUUAUGCUGUGGCCAUCACGAAAAGAGUUAGAUACCAGAAAAUAUUCGCUACCGCAAUUAGUAGACAACACUGGUGGGGGAGGGGGUCCAACCACGUGUGCGCGCACACAUGUCUGUACACACUCGCUCUUUUUUCCCUUAAAUACUGUUGUGCGUGUGCGUGCUCAUUGUAUGCCGCCGAUAUGCAUCGUUAUUUUUUUUCCUUUAAUCUCUCUCCUUCCCCUUUCGCCUCUCCAUUUCUCGUGGUUUUAACGGGUCAUUUGAGACGCGGGGGAGAAAAACUUUAGAUAUCGAUGACUGUAUCGCGCGUAAAGUAAAACGCCACUUGCAUCACUCUACUCCGCUUCAAGUGCCACAUUUGACCUAGCCCCGAACUUAAGAACUCUUGGAUGAAAUAAAGAUCGCUUUAGGAUCGAACAACAAUGUAUCUUUAUAUCCUUAGAAAAUUCGGCGUUCACACACACACACACACACAAAUAGCCACAUCGGUCGAUUUACAAACGUAUUGGGAUUUAUUUAAGACGAAAAGAUUAUACUACGACGAGAGAGCCGAAAAUAUCAGAGAUUCAGUUGUGCAUUACAAUAUCACUUGGAAAGAUUGUUCUCUUGUAGCGUAGAUGCAUUUCGCCUUUUAAUUAACGCGAUUGGUUUUUCUAUUCGGGAGGAAAGGAAGGGCAUUUUCGAGUCUCUGCGGCAUCGAUCCUCCUGACGCGAGGCUUUCUCUCUUCUUUCUUAUUUCGAAUCAACAGUGUUGAAUAUUGCAACAUUCAUGCAUUGCAGCAUUCCGCGAAAUGUAUUAUAUGUAUGUGUGGAUGCGCGCGUGUGAAUAUACAAUACUUGUACGACACGCGAUAUAGUCUAGUCAGGGUCGAAUUAUUAUGGCUGACUUCCAUUUACAGGGCUGCAUGACGAUUAACGAUCGUGUAAUACCCGUCCUGUUAUUGCUACAUGCAGGAAAUUGCGAGCGAUAGAAAUUUCUUUCAUUUAAACGAUACAUAUAUGUACCUAUUCGCGCCCGUUUCAAUUUGAUACGCGAUCUGCGAUCUGCGGCUUUUAAAGUAUAUUUGAAUAGAAUAUAUUCUACACUCUAUUAUAUAGCAUUAAUUUAAAUAUUUAAAAAAUUUUUAUUUUCAAUUUUCAGUGGGAAUUUUCCCUUAAUUUUUUAAUAAAGGAUAUGUAUAUUUUCUAAAUUAAAAUGAUGGGCUGGGAUGAACGGAUUAAUUUUUCUGCAUUAUCUGUCUCCAGUGUUGUUCAACUUAGCAAUCGCGCAGACAGUACGGCACAGACAUUAUCGUAUAAAGUCUCCCUAAUGACAAUUCGGGGUAAGGAGAACGUAACAGAGAGUCGAUGCACAACCCUGGAUAUGGAAAUUCAGUCUUUAUAAGGCACAAAGAAUCUGAGCGAUUGUGAACGGCGAGCAAACUCAAGCAGCGAUAGCAGCACUUUUAAAUGAGGGCGAAUGUUGAAAACGGUCUUCCAGCAUAAAUUAUUCAUACACCUUAUUAUCAGGCAUUAGACCGAAGGGGGAUAACAUAGGUAUUCGACUUGGUGGAAAGUGUAACGCGCUAUCUCCGAAACAAUUUGAAAUAUCAAGAAAUUUUUUUAUGUUUUAUGUGUGUGUGUGUGUGUCGUGUGCGUAUCUCUUGUACAACGAUCAACAAAUUGAAAAUUUAAAUAUCAAAAGAUCCGAUAUAAAACAUAAUUAAAUACUAUUAAAAAUUGGAGAUUAUUUGUUUGCUUUCGAUAUACUGAUAUUAUUCGUAAUGAAUCUAAAAUUAUAAAAUUGAUAAUGUCAGAGCGAGAAUAUAUAAGUGAAAUAAUCGGAGAAAAAUAUUAUUUAUGAAUGGAAAAUAUAUUAAAUAUAAACACAAUCGAAAUAGUGUAGAAAGGAUUUAUUGAAUAUUUUUUUAUUCUAUUUUCCACGCAAACUGACACGUGUUUCUGUUGAAGAAAGCAAAUCUUUUCGCGUGGGUGUUUCAAACAGGAUUUAGAGUUCAUAGUUUAAUUAAUUGUGUGUGUCAGCUUCAUCUCUCCGCACAACUAUUUAAAUGCUAAUUUGCUCCCAACUUUUCACAUUAGCCUGAUUUUCAUAAGAGAGAGAUUUAUUAAUCAUUUAUAUUUAUAAUAUCUCCAUUGUUAUAUAAUAAUUUAAAUAAUUUUCAUUCAUCCGUCUAAAGAUACUUUUUAAUGUAAUAUUAACGUAUAUUACGUUUUGUAUACGAUUUUUACAUGAAAGCAAUUAUGUCGUUUUGCGCAAUGGGGACAUUUAUAACAUCGUUUGAGAUCAAUUUCUUUUUUCAACGGCAUAGCAAUCAUUUUUUUUAUCUCGCUUUAUUAUCAAGCUAUUGCCAUAAGCAGAUUUAACAUAUAUAUGGCUUAGGAAAAAUUAUAUGCAAAUGUGGGCAGUAAUUUUAUUUAUUGUAAAAUGAGAGAGAGAGACACGCGUAAAACAUUUUGCGCGUGCAAAUUGUUAAAAAUUUCAAGAUAAUAUCUUAUUGCUAACGUCAUUAUUGCAGAGAUGCGUAUUUUAAGAUUUUAUGAAGCUGUGAAAUUUUUUUCGAAAUCAAAAUGGGAAACGACAAUUCAUGAGAAAUAUCAGGUACUCGGUGUAUAAAGUUGGAGUUUUAAUUACAGAAUAAACACAUAUACGUAUAAAAGUAACAGAUUGUGCGUAAUAAAUAAUAUCAAGGCUGUAACGUGAUAGCCGAUAUAUAAUUGCUAUAUAAUUAUAAUAUUCUACGAGUGGAGUGAAACGCGCGAUUGCGUUUUCCUUUGCAAAUUAAAACCUGAUGAAUUUGCACGGGUGUGCGCGGGAAAGAUGAUAUUAAUCCAACGAUUGAAAUUUCUUAGUAGGCUUAAGAUAUUUUUUUACAGUCUCAUUAACGCCGGUAAUGAAUGCGAUCAAUUUCUCUCGUCGGUGAGAACCGAAUCGAAUAAAAAAACAAGACAGACGAUACGUGUAUUCGGAUUCGUGACUUGUCAAAGAUGCGAUGGAGAAAUUUUGUGGGAAAAGAACGCGAUUGUCUCCCUCGAUAUCGAAUGGAAACGCGUAAUGCGAUUACAUAUACGUGCGUAAUACGAUUAAUUUUGUCGAAGAAACGACGAUUGUCUACGAGGUGAAACGCCGACUGUAUAUGUAUAUUUACGAGAUCCGUAUACACACACACAUUCUCUCUCUUUCUCUCUCUCUCUCUUUCUCUCUCGAUCGCACAUAUGCCUACGUGAUAUGCUUUUGUCAUUCCUCUCUCUGCGCUCUAUUCUUCCUCUCCCCUUUCCAUUCCCGCUCCUCUCUCAGGCGCAAAAAAUAUACAUACACAUAUACAUGACGCAGAAGAAGAUAUCCUCUCUACGCGAGCGCGCAGUGACUCUUUCGCAUGUGUGAGCGAACGGAAGAACGGCCGUUGAGACUAUUCUUUUUCCCAUUGAUAUUAUACAUAUGAUGUUCUGAAUAUUAGGAGGGCAUAGAGGAGCUCGUGUGGAUUGGUCCCGGCGAUAUUCACGGUGCGCGAAAAGUGAUACAGGCCCUCACGCGUCCUCACCGCAUUUAAGAGCGGUCGUCCGAAAAGAAGGUACGUAGGGAGAGAUUAGAAUAAGGAUUUUCCACAAUUUUCACCGCUCAUUUAGCGAUGAUGAAUGUGGCCGCGCGAUUCUCUCUCCGAAUUUCGUUCGUCUAAUCUAAAGAUCGACUUAAAGAUCGUGUAACAAUGUCGAAAGAAUAGAGGGAAAGCGUCCACGUUUAUCGCUAAUUACACUGUAAAUAUUUUUCUACAAGUAGACACAUUUUUAUCUGAAUUUUCAGAUCUGCAUUGUCUGAAAAAAAUUUCAGACAAUUUGUCUUAAUCAUCAGAGUCAUUUUUCUGAAAGUUCAGAAGAAUUUAUCUGAAAAUUGAAACGUGUCUAAAAAUAGUUUGCUUGAAAAAACGCUGCAGACAUUUUAGUCAAUUUUUUUUUUUUACAGUGUAGGCGGUGAGAAUCAGGCAAAAUGCAUGCGGGGAAAAUAACAAUCGUACGAUCGUGAAAAUGUACGACGAGCAGAAGUGUCUAUCGAUAACCUUGCUACAAAACACGUGCUGCAAUGCGGAGAUGCAAUCUCCACUGUCGUUUAUUCGUUCAAUCCGAUUACGCGAGUUUCGUGGGAAAAAAAAAAAAUGGCGCUAACGAUGGAAAUAAUACAAUUGCGCGAUAGAUAUAUAUAUAUAUAUAUAGAUUACAGACGAUGCGCUUGCGGAAGCUAGGAACGCGGGGCUUUCUUUGUAAUGAGUAAUCGAUUUUCUUUUUUCUUUAAUCGAAAAUACAUGAUGUAUAGACCGUUUAGCGAUGAUAUCGACGAUGCGAAAAUAUAUAGCGUCGACGUAAUGAAGUUUACGUUCUCGGAUUUCUACUGCGCGCGCGUAUCCCUUUCGCCGCGAGUGUAUAUUAUCUCAGAGAUCUCUCAUCAUUUUAUCUUAAAUUUAGAAACCACGCGGCUGAUGCGCGAUGUUCACGUGAAUCCAAACAUGAUGAUGGUCUGAUGGACGGUAUAAGACAUUUCGGCUGCACUUUCUUGUGGGAUAUUUCCGUUUGCCUAUUAAUCACCAAUUACUCGGAAAUUAAAGACAACAUUUUAAAAAGUAGAGAACAAAUAUUGAAGACAUUCUUGCAUCUCUAUAUAAAAAUGUAAUAUCUGUAACUAUAGUAUUCGAUAAAUAUUCAAAAUUAUCUAGUGCGAUUCGACGCUAAGAAACAGACGAAAAAAGAGAGAUUAUGAUUAUGUUUGUAAUAAAUGCAUACAUAAGAAGAAAAUAUAAAGGGGAGAGAAAAAUAAAUUAUAAAAAUAUAA